AUGUCCCGUCACAGGCUAGUCAGGAAUCUCCAUCUGAACGAUGAAUUAGAUGAUUUUGAUGGUGGGGCUGACGACGACUACGACUUCGACGAUGCAGAAGAGCUCAGUGAAGAAGAUCAUGAAAAGUUACGAGAUGGCACCAUUGCUGUGCGUGCUUCCCUACCUCUUUGUAGAAGCCACAUCACCGACAAGGAAAUACAAGAAUCUCUAUGGCACACGUUUUAUAAUGUUGAAAAAACGGUGGAAUAUUUACUACGUAUUCACUCCGAUAAGCCCAAAGCAGGAAAAACAUCAAAGAAGAAAAGCUCAAAAGGUUUGUUAUUUUACAUUACAGAUCUUGGCAAAACCGUGAAAAAGGAGACUCGUGAUGACUUGGUAAAAAACAAUUUGUCGAUACAUGAAUCUAGAUCUUCCAAUUUUACAGAGUUCUUUAAGGAUACACCAUGGCUCAAAGUACCCAAAGAGCGUGAAGCAAUAUUGGUCGCACCUCUUUACCCUAGAGGUGGUUUACUAGGUGGCUCUAGUGAACCUCCGAAGAUGUCGAAACUUCAGGCUCUGGCAGCUGCACGGCGAAAAAAUAUUCCCGAAAUAAAAAAUGAAAACAGCGUGAGCGCUGCAGAAAGCCUUGCAAAGCUCAAACUGAGUCAAAGUCGUCACAUCGGGGGCUCCAGCGGCACGCAAAACUUAAUCUUCAAUCAGGAAGUCCCUCAGAAGUCGUCACGAGGAUUUCCCAUCCGAAAACGCCAACCCUCGGUCCCCAUAGACCAGAGUAUUGCUUACUCCAAGAAUAAAUUAUCCGAUUCCAAAGAUUCUCUCUUCAAUAUUGAUCAAGAAACAAACAAAGCCAGUCCUUCAGAAUUUGCCAGUACUAUGUUUAGCAGGAUCUCUCGACCAAAUUCCCAGCCCUAUUUCUCGAUGCCUUAUGCUGCUGGUACCUAUCAAACAGCUGACCCUUUUGCAGGUCCUAGUCCCGAUGAUAUAGUACUUGCUGCUCAGUCGAAAGCCAAUGGCGCUAAAAAUGUUCAACCAAAAUCUAAAAAGGAAGGACAUUCAGAUGAAAUUAUUGGAAAACUUGAAUCGAUAACGAUAGAUGAUGUGAGGCCUCAAUUAAAAAAAUUAGAUGUUCCAAAGGAAUUUCGGAAUCAAGUAAGGAAAAAUACUGCUAAUUUCGUAGUUAUUGGUCAUGUAGAUGCUGGCAAAAGCACGCUUAUGGGACGACUUCUUCUUGACCUUGGUGUGGUUAAUCAGCGAACGGUUGAUCGAUACAGAAAGGAAGCUGAUUCAAUUGGUAAAUCAUCCUUCGCUAUAGCCUGGGUAUUUGAUCAAGGGAGCGAAGAGCGUGCUCGAGGAGUAACGAUCGAUAUUGCUAUGAAUAAGUUUGAGACUCCGAAUACAUCAUUUACGGUUCUUGAUGCGCCGGGUCACCGAGACUUUAUCCCUAAUAUGAUAGCUGGUGCUUCACAAGCUGAUUUUGCUGUGCUUGUAAUUGAUGCCAGUACCGGCUCCUUUGAGUCGGGUCUAAAAGGUCAAACAAAGGAACAUACCCUUCUUGUACGCAGCAUGGGUGUGCAACGAAUAAUAGUGGCUAUUAACAAGCUAGAUACAGUUGGAUGGUCAGAGGAGCGUUUUACAGAGAUCAAAAAUCAGAUUUCAUCGUUUCUUACCACUGCUGGGUUUCAUUCCAAGAAUAUAUCUAUUGUGCCCUGCUCUGGCCUCUUGGGUGAUAAUGUAAUCAAUCGAUCUCAGAAUCCAGCAUCGAAAUGGUACAACGGUCAGACUCUGAUCGAAACUCUGGAUGUCUCUGGACCAAUAUCUCGCAAUAUAGAUGAGCCCUUGCGUAUGACGAUCUUCGAUGUUUUCCGUGGCGGUCAACAGAAUCCUGUAUCUUUAAACGGUCGUGUAGACUCAGGCACUUUACAAGUGGGAGAGACGCUUCUUGCGCAACCCUCUGGUCAAACAUGUAUUGUCAAAUCUCUUGAAUCCGACAACCAAACAGUAAACUGGGCAGUAAGCGGACAGCUAAUAACAAUUCACUUAUCGGGCAUUGGUGAUCAAUAUCUAAAGGCCGGGGAUGUGCUUUGUUCGACUUCAUCCCCUAUUCGAAAUAUCAAAGAAUUCACAGCAAAAAUAUUGGCCUUUGAAUUUAUUCUUCCCAUGAAGGUGGAAAUUCACAAAGGACGUCUUCAUACAACAGGGCGGGUAAAAAAGAUUGAGUGCAUCUUAAAUAAGACAACCGGAACUGUCGUAGGGAAACACCCCAAAGUCGUCAAACCAGGAAUGUUAGCGCGGAUAACUGUUGAAGUAGACCUAGCCGUGCCAUUAGAAUCCCCAGGUCGAGUUGUUCUUCGCUCUGAUGGCUGCACAAUUGCUGCGGGCCUCAUAGAGUAG